UGUCCAGCUGUUUAAGCUGAUGAUCUAAAGGACACUCAGACUGAGGACUCUGACAGUGUAAUAGACAGCGUAGUAAGAAGACCCUUACAGACUGCCUAACUGCAGGCAUGGAGAACGUGGAAGUGUUUGACUCACCAGGAAAGGGUCGUGGUCUGAGGGCAACUAAAGAAGUAUGGGCUGGGGAUGUACUCUUUGCAGAACCUUGCUUUGCUGCCGUUGUGUUUGACAGUCUUGCAGCAAAUGUCUGUCACUGCUGUUUCCGUCGGCAGCCAAAGCUGCAGCGGUGCGGUCAGUGCCGCUUUGCGCAGUACUGCGACCGCACAUGUCAGCGUGCGGCCUGGGAAGAACACAAACAGGAGUGUGCUGCCAUUAAGAGCUAUGGCCAAGCGCCCAAUGAAAACAUCCGCCUCGCUGCUCGUAUUAUGUGGCGUCUCGAUAAGGAAGGGGGUGUGGUCUCAGACAUGCAGCUCACCACGCUGGAAGACUUGGAGGACCACAUCUCUGACCUGCCUGAGGAUGACCUGAAGGACCUCAAAGUGGACAUCCACAACUUCCUUGACUUCUGGCCCAGAACCAGCAAGCAGCACACCGUAGAAAGAAUAUCACACAUCUUUGGAGUGAUCAACUGCAAUGGCUUCAUGGUGAGUGAUCAGAAAGGCCUCCAGGCAGUUGGAGUUGGUCUGUUCCCCAACCUCUGUCUGGUCAACCAUGACUGCUGGCCUAACUGCACUGUUAUCCUCAAUAACGGCAAAAUCGAGCUCCGAGCUUUGGGGAAGAUCAGCGAGGGAGAGGAAUUGACGGUGUCAUACGUGGACUACCUGAACACGUCAGAGGACCGCCAGCGCAUGCUCAAGCAGCAGUACUUCUUCGACUGCACCUGUGAACACUGCACUAACAAAAUCAAAGAUGAUCUCAAGUUGGCUGGUGCUGUGCUGGACGGUGUUCAGGUGCCAGAUGAAAAAGUGAAGGAAAUGACAGAAUAUAGCAUAGAGAUGCUGAAGAAGAUGGAGAAGGCCCGUGUAGAUGGAAACUACAAUGAGGUGGUAAAGAUCUGCCGCGAGUGUGUGGAGAAGCAAGAGAACGUUCUUGCUGAUACACAUAUCUACCAGCUGAAGAUGUGGAGCACGCUUAGCGAGGUCCUCUCAUACCUUCAGUUCUUUGAGGAAGCAGCUAUCUAUGCACGCAAGAUGGUAGAUGGAUAUGUGAAACUGUACCAUCCGAACAACGCUCAGCUGGGGAUGGCUACAAUGAGGGCAGGAGUAACCCACUGGCAGGCAGGACACAUAGAAGUUGGACAUGGCAUGAUCUGCAAAGCUUAUGCCAUUCUCCUGGUCACCCAUGGGCCAACCCACCCUAUCACAAAGGACCUAGAGGCUAUGCGUAUGCAGACAGAGAUGGAGCUGCGCAUGUUCAAGCAGAACGAGUAUGUCUAUCACUCCAUGCGGGAGGCAGCACUGAAGAACCAGCCAAUGAAGAUGAUGGCAGAGCCAGUGGAAGAGGGCAUCAAAAGCCUGUUCCGCAAGAAGUGACCACACACAGCUCACACAUCACCAUCUUCAUCUGUGCUUUACAUUGUCCCCUAACAUGAAUUUCAUCAAUAUGAAUGAAGAGACUCAGACAAGCUUCCAGUGCAGUGAACGUCUGCUUUAAACUACCUGGGAUAUGUUUUUGAAUUUUUUUUCUCAAUAAUAUCCUGAAAUCAAUAGCAUUGUUUUCUUUUUUAGGCCACAAGUUACUCUUCCUUUUUGAUUAAGCCACAUUUUGAAUUGUGUAAAGUUUUUUAAAAUAAAUUAUUAAUAAGUUGAUCAUGAUUUGAAAUACU